GUCUGGCUUUCUAUAGGAAGAGAAGGCGUGGCUGUCAUAAACAAAGUACGCCCUUGCUCACAGUGGAUAACUUUCAGUAUCUCUCAACGAAUCCUCAGUGAACACCACUUAGUCCUACUCGGGAUCACAAAGCAAAUCUUCAGUCAACACCACUCAGUCCUGUUUGCUAUCACAACGAGUAGAGAGAUGAACAGCAGCCGAGCGGAUACUCUGUUAGAUCUUGUACCGCAGGAGGAGCUGAUUAUUUUUUUUCGCCGUAAGAAGACAGAGAUCUCAUAUGGCAUAGAUGAACCGCUCCUUUUCCUCAACCACCUCAAAGACCAUGGUCUGGUACCUGAGGAUCUCUACCAGAAGGUAAUAAAGAUUAAAAUUAAGAACAGAAUGGAGAAAGGUGUGUAUGAGAUUUUGGACUGGGUGGAGAAGCAGGGAGAGCAGUAUAUAAAGCAGUUUUGGAGUUGUGUGUCUCAGGAUCACAUCCUGCAGAAAUAUCCUUUUCUGCGCUCACUCCAAACCAGCCUUCUGGACGGAUCUCUCAGGUUUAAUGAAAAGCUACCCAAUGCAAAGAAACUGACAGGAAAUGAGGAAAAGAAGGCAGAGCAAAAGAAGCAUGGAGCAAAGAGAAAGAAAAGAGUUGAUGAAACAGAAGAGAAGAAUGCAGGACCUUGUUCUGUGUCCAGCUCCAGCCAGAAGAAGCCCAAGUCACAGUCACACUCCAGUGUGGAGGGAUCCAGUAAAGACCUGGAGGAUUACAGAGAAGACAGCAACAGGGAACAAGAAAAGGAAGAAAGGAGUGAGAAAGUGGAAAUGUCACAUUUUGAGCCUGCUGUUUUACCAGUUAGCUGUGGUUCUGUCAGUGGGGAUUUAUAUAAAAGCAGAUUUGCAGCGGGGUCACGCAGUAAGAGCAUCCGCACACAUGAGCGCUGGUUCACUCCUGAGGAGUUUGUAAAGCAGGAGCUAACUUUGACAGACGGACACUGGGAGAAAGACAUACUGUGUCACGGCAAAACCCUUAACUACCUGGUGAAGAACAAGGUCCUGGAUGUCCAUUCAUGUUUGUGUGACUGUUUACUGUGCUGCCCUGAUGAACCGCUACAUCAGGAUAAGGAUGAUGUGUGCUUCAUUUGUAAUGCUGAAGGACUUCUGGUGUGCUGUACAGAAUGUCCACGAGCUUUCCACCAUUGCUGCCACCUACCAGAUCUACAGGACAAAACACUUGGGUGUGACUGGAUGUGCACGUUCUGUGUGUUAAAAACCAAAGAAAGACUGUGGACUCCCAUGAGCAGGGAAGAUGCUUUGACCAGCCCUGUUUUGGAAAACAUCAUGCGCUGUGAGUAUUUGCUGUUGCGUUUGUAUAUGGAGGACGCACGGCGUGCGGUUACUGAUGAUACUACAACAGCAGAGGAGAGAUACACCAGUGUGAUCUGCAGGCCCAUGUGGUUGGACAAAGUGAAGCGCAAACUACAGGAUAACGAGUAUAUAACAGUGAGAGAGCUUGUGCAUGACAUCAUGCUCAUCUUCAACAUCUGCCAAACUUUUAACAGGGAUAAUAAGUCUGGCAAGAUGGGAACCAUAAUGGAAAAGGUGUUUGAGAAGGAGUUUGACACGGUCUUUAAAAUCCAGUAGCAUUUCUACAUCUUACUGAAAAGUUUGUGAACCAAAGACAAAUAUUGAUGCUAAUUUUUGCAUUGCCAGAAUCUUGUUGUUAAUUUAUAAGUCAUAAAAUAGAUAGCAUCUGAAUAUUCGAGUUAACUUGUCAUCUUCUAUAAUCUUAAUUGUUUAUCACUGUUUUAGGAUACAGGACUUUUAGUGAGUCAGAGCCCUACCAUUAUGGAACACUUAAUAUUAAAGAGUGAACAGUAAA